GCUGCCAGUCCACCAGAGCGGAGCGAGGCAGCGGAGCCGAGAAACGGACUAAUGCGGAGUGGAGUUGCGUACUGUGACUGUCCACCGGAGCGGAGCGAGGCUGCGGAGCGGAGUGAGGAAGUAAUGCGGAGCGGAGUUGCUGUGUUUUUCAAUAUGCGGAGCUAGGCAGCAAGUACGCGACGAGUGAUUUCGAGCUCCCGGCGUGGGGCGAUUGGUUUAAUUCUACGCGAAAUGUCAGUGAUAGCAGACAUGCCAUCGAAAAAGUUGAUACAUUAUUACCUUACAUUGCUUGAGGAAGAAGAGUUGGAGUCAGAAGAAGCCGAAAUACUUACCAUAUACCAUUUGAACAAUUCUAUGAGGAAACAUAGAUUUUGGUUAAGAAAUCAUAUCAAACAUCGUUCAGAACACAGUGAAUAUUUUACUUUUUUCCAAACAGCUGAUGAAGAAACUUUCGAAAAUUCUUAUAGAGUUUCAAGAUGUACUUUUUAUGAACUUCACUCCCUGAUUGAACCAUAUAUUCGGAAACAAGACACAAAUUACAGAAAUUCAAUUAGUAGCCGUGAAAGAUUAGCGGUGUGUUUAAAGUAUUUAGCAACCGGCCAGUCAUUUACAACGAUGGGAGAGAAUUUUAGAAUUGGAUUGAAAAGUGUAUCAAGAAUUGUUGAGGAGGUUUGUGAUGCUUUAUGGAAUAUAUUGCAACCUCUUGUCAUGUCACAACCAACAGAAAACGACUGGAAAGAAAUCGCAAAAGAUUUUGAUGAACUAUGGCAAUUUAAAAAUUGUAUAGGUGCUCUUGAUGGCAAGCACGUAUAUAUCAAGGCUCCCUCGAAAACCGGGUCCUCGUUUUUCAACUACAAAAAGAGAUUUUCUGUAGUAUUGAUGUGUUUAGCUGAUGCCAAAAGGAAAAUCAUAAUGGCUGAUGUGGGAUCUAUGGGAAGAUUUUCUGAUGCAGGAAUUUUUGAUAACAGCAUUUUCGGAAAGAGUCUAAAAGAAAAGAGAUUGAAUUUACCUCAGCCGGUACCAUUUUAUCAAGGUGGAGCAAAAAUGCCGUUCGUAUUUAUAGGAGACGAAGCUUUUCCAUUAAUGGAAAAUUUUAUGAGGCCUUACCCACGUGAUGGACUUAACGCAGAAAAAAAAAUUUUUAAUUACCGAUUAUCAAGAGCACGUCGUAUUGUUGAGGCAACUUUCGGUGUAUUGACGAGAAAGUGGUACGUGUAUCAUAAAGAUUUUGAAUGCAAAAUAGAAACAGUUGACAAGGUAAUAAAAGCAACAUGUGUUUUGCACAAUUAUUUAAUUCAAAGACAACCUAAUUAUAUAAACAAUAUUGAAAAUAACAUGGAGCAAUCAUUAUUAUCAGUUGGUGAUAUUAUAGAAACACAACAUUCUAGUAACGAUGGUUAUCAAGUUCGUGAAAUGUAUUGUUCAUACUUUAAUAAUCAGGGGAAGGUACCAUGGCAAGAUACUCGAAUUUUGAAAAGAAUCUAUAAUAGUCAGUGAUGUGAGACAGAUAUAGAUAAUUUGGCCAGCUGCGGACAUUAUUUAACUAUUUAGGCUAUUACAUUAUAUAGGCUAUUUUGUUAAAUAAAAAAAAAGAUAUCAAUAUGUACCUACUAGAAGGUAUUAUAGAAUAAAGAUACAUAUUAUUUACCAUCCGAUAUGUUUGUUUCAAUGAUAAUUUGGUCCCACGCAGCAUCUUUUGUUUCGUUGCAUUUGUAAAAUUCUGAAGAUGUGUUCCAAAUGCACGGAAACUUUUUCACACUUUCAAUAAGUUUUUCAUCCAUUAUCUUCGGUCACAUACGCACUGGUCGGAAUACGGCGGCACACUGCCGGCGCAAAGUGCGCCCGCGCCCGCACUCGCUUCCCCGCUCCGCAUCCCCGCACGUUUCCCCGCUCCGUUUCCCCGCUCCGCAUACCGGUUUUAUAUGAAAUUUUAAACUAGCUCGCAAGUCCCUGUCCACUUAAGAGGAGCGGAGAUUUUGUGCAAUCCUAUUGGUUAAUAUUUCUCCGUUUCUCGGCUCCGCUGCCUCGCUCCGCUCUGGUGGACUGGCAGCCUUAAGCCCCGUAUUCAUGGUAAACAUUUGUUUAGCAACAGUUGCUAAACAUUGUUGGUGAGCGGCGAGAAUGUUGCUAGCAACUAUGUUUAAAUCAAUACAGGUUGUCCACACGCCAGUCUGCGUUAAAAUGUUGCCCGAGGAGGUAGUGUUGUUGUGUUCUCUGUAUCAGAUGUAUAGAAUCUCUAAUAAAAAAAAGAGAAAAAGAUGGUGGAUUCGAAAUUAUCUUUUGCAAAGAGAAAAUUUGAUGAGUGACCUCAGAAUGACAGAUGGAUCAUUUUGUAACUUUACGAGAAUGUCGAAAAGUGAUUUCGAACAUCUUCUAGAAAUGAUUGGUCCAUCAAUAGCCAAAAGGGAAACAAAUAUUCGUCAGCCAGUUUCACCUCAAACGAGGCUGGCUAUUACAUUACGGUAUCUUGCAACUGGAGAUUCAUACAGUUCUCUUUCAUACACAUUCAGAGUAUCAAAACAAUUGAUUAGCAAAAUUAUACCAGAUGUAUGUCAAGAACUAAUUAACUCACUAGCAGGAUAUGUCAAGGUACAAGAACACUAUUUGUGUAAUCAAGUAUUUUAUUAAUUAAAAAACACAAAAAAAAAAACAGUGUAUGCUAUUGCGUUGAUUCAUCACUGAGAUAGUUAACUAAGUUUAGUAUAGCCGAAUCUUCUGUUUCGUCUCGUAAUGCAUCUAGUCUAUUUGUUUCGUGUCUCUCAAUUUCCCUUAUUUCAGUUUCCUGAACAUUAUUUGGUGUUGAUGAUGGAUGAGAAGAUGCCGUUUGAUAUCCAUAUGUAUUAUAUCGUCCCAUUUUUAAUUCAUACAGUAUAUUAUUAAUAUGGUACUUUGCCUGUGUCACGGCUUGGUCAUCUUUAACACUUCUUAAUUCAGCAGCAAUAUAUUCACCAUAUAUAUCAAAUGGAUCCUUCUUCUCCCUUUCAUCCAUCUUUUUUUUAGCACUUUUCAAAACCUCUAAUAUUUCAUUUGAUUCAUCUGUCUUAUUUCUUUUCCUCGAAGAUGUAGAUGUUGUAGCAUUCGGCCUUGGUGAUUGAGAUGGCUCUGACUCCAUACCACUUUCAAGUGCAUUGUUUUCAUCUACCUGUAAAUUAUUAUCUUAUUAUAUAUUUAUUUAUUUUUUAGGUUCCAAGUUCGGAACAAGAAUGGAAACAAAUAAGUCGUGAAUUCGAAAUACGAUGGAAUUUUCCACAUUGCAUUGGGGCCAUUGAUGGGAAACACGUUAUGAUUGUGGCGCCAAAUAAUUCUGGAAGUGAAUACUACAAUUAUAAAAAUCAGUUCAGCAUGGUACUUAUGGCAAUUGCAGAUGGCAAUUACAACUUUAUUUACGCAAAUUAUGGAGCUAAGGGUCGGUCGUCCGACAGUGGAAUAUUUCAAGAAACACCGUUUUAUAAUGCAUUGUUAGAAAACUCACUUAAACUGCCACGGCCUGAACCAAUAACACAAGGCGGAACAGAAAUGCCGUAUGUAAUUGUAGGUGACAGUGCUUUCGCGCUAACGGAGAACAUCAUGAAACCAUAUCCUGGCAUUCAUGAACGUGGGAACAAAAAGCGUAUAUUCAAUUACAGACUAUCAAGAGCUAGGAGGAUUAUAGAAAAUGUUUUUGGCAUUUUAUGUGUGGUGUUCCGUGUAUUCACUAAACCUAUUCCGUUAAAACCAGCCAAUUGUGAACUCGUGGUAAUUGCUUGUGUAUAUUUACAUAACUUCUUAAGACGUAACUCAGUUUCCAGAUCCAUAUAUACACCUCCACAAACUUUUGAUUUUGAAGACUCUGAAGGUAACCUAUUAGAAGGUUCUUGGCGAAGGGAACUAAGUUCGUUUCCUAUGAUUGAUUUGCAAAGACGGGGCAGGCCUGCAUCACAAUCAGCUCUUUGUAUUAGAGAACAGUUUGCCGAUUACUUUAUAACUCCAGAGGGAAGAGUUCCAUGGCAAAAUAAUGUAGCGUAAUUGUAAUAAUUUUACAGACAAUAGUAUAAAACAAUUAUAUACAAAAACAA